AUGACCGCCUUGAAAUCGGCUAUUUUGUUGCUGUUGGCAUCUUCGGCCGUCGUCGCCGAGGAGGCUAGAGCGCUCCAAGACCGAGACGACCCGGCCUGGAUCGACUGUACGUUGGUACAGACCGUGCCUGGCAGGCCCGACUUCUCGAUUGACAUCCGAACCGACCCGAUUGUCGCGUAUAAAGGCAGUCCCCUCGCCAGCACGGACAUCUUCUUCCACAUCUACAUCGAUGGGGACAACAUCGUCAGGGAAUACUACACCGUCGACCCGUGCAAGAUGGGCGACCUGCACAAGUGCAUCAAGUUCUACAUGAUCUCGCUGCAUGUCGACCUCAGCCGACAGAUGCAGGAUGCCAAGAGAAGGUCGGUCCGCAUCGCCUUCAACUUCAAAGAGACGUCCGCAUUCGUGAAAUUCAUCCGCACGAAGAUGUGCGGCGAGUUCAUCUACAACCAGGACCCCGGCGAGUGGGUGGCCAACGACAGGGCCUACAUCAAUGCGAACGUGGUCAUGGCGGGCAGUGCCGAGAUGCCGACCCGACAAUCCCGUAUGCUACCGUACCAGGGUACGGAGAAGAAGCCGCGUGAGCAGCAGCAGCUGCACUCCAAUCUCCACCGCGUAUACCCCGAUGCUUCCAGGCUAAACCAUACCAUCACGUCGCACGGAAAA